ACCGGAUUCAGGGCUGCGUAGCGGCAAGAUGACCACGCUGCGGGCGUUCACCUGUGACGACCUCUUCCGCUUCAACAACAUAUGAAGUAGGGAGUACACAUCCCGGUGACUUGCUGCAAGUGAUGGAGCCCCGGACAAGGAAUCUUAUCCAAGGAAAUUGGCUGACUGCGCUGGUUCUUAAAAAGUUGGUCCCUGACCACGGAAUAUUUUGGAAUUGCAGAUUCUUAGCUAUUUGGAAGCCACUGCUCUGACGCUGAAAGAGACAGAAACUGAGGGUGUGGGUGCAGAAAGCUCACAGGAGCAGGAUCCUGCAUGGUGACACACUGCACGAGUAGUGACAGAUGAGCAGCAGCACCUUGGUACAGAGGCUCUGCCAGUAACUUGGAUCCACUUACAGAAACUUAUGGGAUUCCUUUUUACUUACAGUACCUCGCCCACUGGCCAGAGUAUUUCAUCGUUGCAGAGGCCCCUGGUGGAGAGUUAAUGGGCUACAUCAUGGGCAAAGCAGAAGGCUCUGUUGCAAGGGAGGAAUGGCAUGGCCAUGUUACAGCUCUGUCUGUUGCUCCUGAAUUUCGGCGCCUUGGUUUGGCUGCUAAGCUCAUGGAGUUACUGGAGGAGAUUUCGGAGAGAAAAGGUGGAUUUUUUGUUGAUCUCUUCGUCAGAGUGUCUAACCAGGUUGCAGUCAACAUGUAUAAGCAACUGGGUUACAGUGUGUACCGGACAGUCAUAGAGUACUACUCGGCCAGCAACGGGGAGCCAGAUGAGGAUGCCUAUGAUAUGAGGAAAGCACUUUCCAGGGACACAGAGAAGAAAUCCAUCAUCCCGUUACCCCAUCCGAGUGGAAGAAGCAAUGUCUGGAGAAACAGUCUGAGGAAUAGGCAAUGCAGGAGUUGUGAACCUGAGGAAGAGUUCUGGCUGGCCAGGAGGCCCAUGCUCAUGGGAAGGGCGCUACUCCACAGCACAGCAUUGCCAAGUCACAGCAGAAGAAAUGAUGUAUUCAGGCAGAGGCAGAUACACAAGACAGCAGAAGCAGAGGAACAGAGUCUGGGAGAAGGCAAGAAGAUCAAGUUAAUGGGAAAAUGAUUACAAAUGACACCAC